AUGAAUGUGUCUACAAGUUUGAAGGUGCGGCUGCCGGCGUUAGUGCUAGUGUUGGAGGUUGUCAUUAUAACACUUUAUGCUGUCUUUGUCACUUAUGACGACAAUGCCAACGCUAAGCUGCAGAACAAUGAGACUAACCCGAUGGAGAACUCCAUGUAUCGCGACUAUCCCUACUUUGCCGACGUGCAGGUGAUGAUCUUCAUAGGCUUCGGCUGCCUGCUGGCCUUCUUCCGAUUCUACGGCUUCAGUGGAAUGGUCUUCAACUUCCUUACAGCUACAUUCGCCAUCCAGUGGGCCAUCCUGAUCCAAGGUUUCUUCCAGUUUUACUAUGAUGGUAAAAUUCACCUGGGGGUGAUCAACCUGCUGAAUGCAGAGUUUGCCUGCGCUGUGGUGCUCAUCUCUUUCGGAGCCGUGCUUGGGAAGACCAGUCCUGUUCAGCUCCUGGUCAUGGCUUUGCUGGAGAUCCCUGUCUUUUCUGUGACAGAGUGGGCUGUAUUGAAAUACAUCAGGAUCAAUGAUGCAGGUGGCACUAUUCUUAUUCACCUGUUUGCCUGCUACUUUGGUCUAGGGGUGACAUUUAUGCUGUACCGCCCGAGCCUGAAUAAUGGACAUGCUAAAGAGAUCACUAGUUAUCCUUCCGACAUCCUCUCUGUAAUGGGAACCCUGUUCCUCUGGGUGUUCUGGCCUUCAUUUAACUCUGCUCUGACCUUUAAGGGUGACGAUCAACACAGAGCAAUACUCCACACAUUUAUUGGUCUAAGUUCGUCCACUAUCACCGCCUUCGCACUCUCAGCACUGUUCAAUAAGAGAGGUAAGCUCACAAUGGCUGACAUUCAGAAUGUGACCCUGGCAGGUGGUGUGACUGUUGGGGCUUCUGUGGACAUGAUGAUUUCCCCUGUAGCUGCGUAUGCCCUGGGCGUCAUGGGCUGCACUGCAUGUUUCUUUGGCUACAAGUACUUGACCCCCUUUAUGGCCCAACGCAUGAGGAUCCAAGACCAGUGUGGUAUUCACAACCUCCACGGGCUCACUGGCCUCAUAUCAUCCACAGCAGGGAUCUGCGCCAUCCUCCUAGCCACGGAGGAAACCUACGGGCCCAGCAUGUACCAGAUCUUUUCCCAUCGUGCUCCACCUGUAGGAGAUCCAAAGCUCCUGGAACUGCAGAAGCUGAUUCCUGGGCUGAAACCAGGCUUGGGUCGCACUGCGCAGGAACAAGCUCUCUACCAGGUGGCAGCUGUCUUCACCACCAUAGCAGCAUCUGCAGUUGGUGGGCUGCUCACUGGUAUGGUCAUGAAGCUGUCCUUCAUGGCAUCCCCAUCUGACAAGGACUGCUUUGAUGAUGAACUUUUCUUUGACAUGCCCUCUGACUUUAACAGCAUAGAGGAGCUCAAGACCCCCAUAAGCAAUGAUGAAAAAGGACAGAUGAGCUCUGCAGACACCAAAGUCUAA